AUGUUGGUCCAUUCGCUCCUCAUCGCAGGAUGCACGGUAGCCACCGCUGCUGGCAGCAGACAUCUCGGAUACGACUUCAAGCCGAAGGAAUCAUCACUCCAAUCCUUGAAGCGUGAUCUGGUCAAUGUCGGCGUCGGCGUUGGAGCCGGCGUUUCGCAGCGGCAAGAUGGUCGGUCUUCGACAGACACGACGGUCCCGUGCAAUUCGACCAUUCCUAACAACACUACGGACACUUCGUGUGGACAGCUUGUCGCCGGUUCUCAGAACUUGGACGGUUUUGGGGGUGUACCUGCUGCGCUGGCUUAUCAAUGCUUGAUGAGCAUUCCGUUCCAUCAAGAAGACGCUUUAUUCCACAUCGAAACUCUCAUGCCCUACAUUGGCUACCAUGCCGACCUUACAUGGGUGGCCAAUCCUCCUGAGGAAUACGUGGCCAACGUCAGGGCCCCAUUCGACAUCCUUGGCUGCUUCAACGACUUGAAAGCUGCGGUGACAAGUGGACUCUACACUUCCGAGUACUUGUUUAGCCUUGACCUCGAAAAGUGCUUCGGCCUGGUACAUUUCGCUAAGACGUACAGCCUCAUUUCGGCUUCGAGUGAUGGAGAAUCUCCCCCUGCGAUCUACGUAUACGACGACAUCAACGCCAUCAUGCAUGGUGCGACCUUCGAGCCGAGCCCAAUCGUGAAGAUCAACGGCGAGGACGCUGUGGAAGUCCUUCUGGAGGCAUCAAAGGCGGCGCCGAUACAAGACCCCGACGCGGCGUGGAAUAUCCUGUUCGGUACCUCGAUCCGUCAAUUCGGUCUCUUUACCGCCCGCGUACCCACGAAUGCCUGGUACCCCGGCCCAAACACGUCGUACGAGUUUGCCAACGGAACGCAGCUGAUUGAUCAAACCUUGGCGUUCCUUGACGAAAGCAUCACGCCUAACAAAUCGAUCCAAACCGGCGAGGAUUUUUACCAAAGAUUUGUCGGAUGGUCGACUACCUGCGAUGCGGAUGGCGCCGGCGCGGUAUCAGUCUACGAAUAUUCUGUCUGUGACAAAGCAAGGCCCAAAUCUAGCAGCACUGACUCCUCGGGCGAUGACACGAGUAGCAGCGAUGGUGCGGACAGUCCGCCGCCUGGGCCUUUGACGCCUCCUGAUGGAUGGCCCGUGCCGGUGGUCUCUCUUAACGACUCCCUGGUGUGGGGUUUCUUCCCCGAGGCAGAGGGCACCCAAGACGUUGCUGUCCUCGUAUUUGCUUCCUCCGCGGAUGUCAACGACGAUCCAUUCGACGACCUGGCUGUGGCCGACUUCCUUGGAGAGUUCUACCAACAAGCCGCAGAUGCAAAACGCACGAAGCUCAUCAUCGACUUGUCUCAGAAUUUGGGCGGCUUCGACGUAGUACGUUACCUAUACAGUGCACUUUUCCCAGAUCUCCCAGCCCCGAUAUGGGGAGGCACCGCGGCCGCCACCGACACCUUGGACUUGAUUGGGCAGGAAUACAGCUAUAGCUUGGGUGUUUCUGAUCCCAAUUCACUGCAAAGAAUCUCCGAUUAUGAAUCCUACAACUACCGCACGGAUGUCGAUAUCAACGGAAACAAUUUCACCUCAUGGGAGCAAAAGUUUGGUCCAAAAGGCUCGCCUUUUACUCCAUACUGGAGAAACGUGGAUUGGCCUGUGAAAACACCACGAAGCCCCUUCAUACCCGAGGACACUGUCCUGCUCACCGAUGGGAUUGUCGCUUCAUCCGGCGCCACUCUUGCCGAAGUGCUGAUGCUCCAAGCAUCCGUCCGGACAGUUGCGUUCGGCGGCCGGCCUGGCGUCCAACAAAUGCAAGCCGUUGGCGGGACUCGAAGUUUGGAAUCGAAAACAUUCCUCAGCUUGUUCCAAGAUGUUGGAUCGGUGUUCUUGGAGGGCAAGCUGCACGACGCUGCUUUCUACAACAAGUAA